UGAACCUUUGGUUGAUGUAUUGAAUUGUUUGCCUCUUUGAUUAUUCUGUCUAGUGUUUUUUUCAUGAUCACAAACGAGUAAAUGUUAUUGCGCAAGUCAUUCCCCACAAAAUUACAUUCUCACAGAAGCACGAUUUUGUGAAGUGACAUAUCUGCGCAAGUUCAAUUCCCCGAACCUACGGCUGUUUCUGUAACCACAUAGUACAUUCCGACAACACGAUAGCGAUAGAUAACUGUAACAUGCGCGCAUUAAUGUUUACAUGGUAAAUACCAAAAAAACGCUUGGGUGAUUCGUUUCAAUGCGUCAGCAAAAGACUUACGGAAGGUCGAACUGGUUAUAGCUUGUUCAAUAUGAUUGCUGACUUUCUAUAUAGUUGGGAAAUUAUUGCAUUCGUCUCGUUUCUAUUGCUGUGGAAAUUUAGUCGAUCUUUCCUAAAAAUUGAUGAGAUUAGCGGCAAGCAUGUUUUCAUUUCAGGAUGUGACAGUGGGUUUGGAAGAGCACUAGCUGAACGUCUAGACAAGAGGGGCGUUACUGUGUACGCUGGCUGUUUUUUUCAAAACUCGGUUACUGCACUCAAAAACAGUUGUUCUCCUCGCAUGAAACCAGUUGUUGUCGAUGUAACUAGCACCGAAAGCGUGCAAAACGCUGCAGAUUUCGUCAAAAAAGAUUUGGGAAACAAAGCUCUAUGGGCAGUCGUUAAUAACGCGGGAAAAGCCGGAAUCGCUGCUCCGUUUGAGUGGUUGAAAAAAGAAGAUUGUCAGCAAAUUUUAGACGUUAAUUUACUGGGAGUUUUCGAUGUUACUUUGGCAUUUCUCCCUCUAAUAAAACGUGGAAACGAAGGUAGAAUUGUCAACAUAGCUAGCAUCUAUGGAAGAAUAGGAUGGAUUGUUGGAGGUUAUGCAAUGUCAAAACAUGCAAUUGAAGCCUUUUCUGAUGGUUUAAGUGUGGAACUGAGACCAUACAAUAUCACCGUCCAUACAUUGGAACCUGGAUUUUUCCGCACCGGUUUGGUGGACAGUGUUUGUCCAAGCAUAGAAAAAAGGUGGUCGGAGUUUGACGAACAAACAAAAGAAAAGUUUGGCAAAGAUUACUGCGAUAAACGAUGUGACAGUGGGUUUGGAAGAGCACUAGCUGAACGUCUAGACAAGAAAGGCGUUACUGUGUACGCUGGCUGUUUUUUUCAAAACUCGGUUACUGCACUCAAAAACAGUUGUUCUCCUCGCAUGAAACCAGUUGUUGUCGAUGUAACUAGCACCGAAAGCGUGCAAACGCUGCAGAUUUUGUCAAAAAAGAUUUGGGAAGCAAAGGUAACUGAAAACAACGUACAUUCUCUAUGGGCAGUCGUUAACAAUGCGGGAAUAGCCGGAACCACCGUUCCGUUUGCGUGGUCGAAAAAAGAAGAUUGUCAGCAAAUUUUAGACGUUAAUUUACUGGGAGUUUUCGAUGUUACUUUGGCAUUUCUCCCUCUAAUAAAACGUGGAAACGAAGGUAGAAUUGUCAACAUAGCCAGCAUCUAUGGAAGAAUAGGAUGGGUGGUUGGAGGUUAUGCAAUGUCAAAACAUGCAAUUGAAGCCUUUUCUGAUGGUUUAAGUGUUGAACUGAGACCAUACAAUAUCACCUCAUACAUUGGAACCUGGAUAUUUUCGCACAGAUUUGGUGGCAAGUAUUCGUCCAAAAUAGAAAAAAGGUGGUCAGAACUUGACGAACAAACAAAAGAAAAGUACGGAAAUGAUUACUGCGAUAAACUUUGUGACCACACAAAGAAGUUUUUGAACACAGUAGCCUCUCCCAGAUUGGAACUUGUUGUGGAUGCAUAUGAACAUGCUUUAUUUGGCAAGUAUCCGAAUAAUCGAUACGUUGUCGGAAAUGAUGCUAAGUUUUUCUUCAUUCCAGUGUCAUGGCUACCAUUUAGUUAUCAGAUGAUGGUAAUGGAAUUUGUAGAACAUGUUAAAGGUACAGAAAGGCCCCUACCCAGAGAUGCAAUGCCGUCAUAAAUAAAGGAAAAUGUGCUGAGGAUUUUGCAAUGGAAUAAAUCAAACAUUUAACAUCAUUUCUG